AUGCCCAUCUACCCAGACAGCACUCCCCCCUCCUCUACACUUCCGCGUAAUAGACUCGUCAAGCGCACCGCCUCGCUGCACAGCGCCAAUGGCUCACCCUCCGGCUCCAAGCUACCUGUCCCUACCUUUCGAAGGCCUGUUACCAGCUAUCAGCGCUCCGCCACCCUUCAAGAGCGUCUCGGGAGCUCUGAUCCCAACGGAGGCAGCGCUCAACAUGCACAUGGUGGUCAAUGGCGGCACUAUUUCACACCACGAGUAUCGGGCGGUGAGAUUGUGAUGUCGAUCAGACGUCGUUCCACAGGCAUUCCAAAUCCGAUCAAGCGUGUGUAUCCGGAUCGAAGAUAUACGCCCAUGCUGGUUUCGGCAAGGGAUAUGACCGUGCCGGCCAGGGUAGAGAUUGACAAUGAAUUGAGUGACCAAGAAGAAAGUUCUAGGACAGCGGGCCCUGUUGCGAUACCGAGUACUGCCUCAUCGCCAUUUCCACCCCAGGCAAUGCACUUCGAGGGAAGUGAUGCACCACGACGUUCCUUCUCGAUCCCGAACAUGUUUCAGCCGCAGUCGGCCCGGCAAAGACCGUCAUCGAGCAGAGGAAAACCGCGAACGUUACGCAAAGCUAGGCCGAGAGUGUUCUCAGAACCCCAAGCUCCCAUGGGAAACAUCUUCAGUACGGUCUCUGGACAUGAGUCUGAGCGACCCGCCAAGCGCCGCGACCUGACCGACCCCCAACAUUCGCAACGCAGCAUCUACUCAUCGUCGAGCAACGGACCCCGCGGGGCCGCAGAACGUCCACAGGAGAUAGAUCUCGACUUGAAUACUGAGCCGUCACCUUUGUAUUUCACGCCAGACCACAGCCUAUUCGUGCAGCCACUCUCACCAGCGCCGACAUCUCCCCUCCACGAUCAAGAGCGUCUGUCGUCUGCAUCCCAUUCCUCAUCUUCAGCGCGCCCUCCUCGACUUUCCACCGCGCAGUCAGAGAUUACCUCCACGAUAGGCUCUGACAGUGAGUGUCGCUCGCUCGGCGACAAGAGCACCGACUAUCAGAGUGACAAUGCCUACGACUCGAUCCAGACACGGACGACUCGGAGCAGCUCUGGCAGGAGAGGACCACACAUCGAGACCAUAUUUGAUGAUUCUCCACCCGCAUUCUCAUCUGGGCGCAGUACGAAGCUGAGAGACUUCCUUGGUGAUGGACAAUUUGCUGGAGGAGAGCGACUCCGACACAGCACCAUCGAAGAAGAGGAGAGCGUCGUCAGCACGCCUGUCCGCUCCGUCCGCAACAAGAGCGUCACAUCUACACCCUCGGCGCGUCCGGGCGCUUCUCAAAUGUUCUCGUCUUCGCCUCCAAUGAUGAGGACGAUGCCCGAUUCUGAUGAAAUCGAUUGGGAUGCUUCGGAAGACGAGAAGACUGACAGUGGGCUUGGCAUCCGGGAGCCGCUGAACGUACGUCCUACCGCAACUACGUUGACAGACACAUCACUACCAUUUCGAUUUGGCCCAUCCCUCCGAAAAUCGAACUCUCGCUCCGCCAAUUCGACACCCCAGCGGAACGGCGCAUUGCCAAUGGAAAAGACAAAUCUGUUUGAUUGGUCGGAACAGCAGCCUAGUCCAAGCCAUCCCAAUCGCUCUCCACCCAGACCACGGACUGUUCACGGGAAGAAGGACCAAGACAGUCGCGGAAGUCGGCCAGCUGGUCGGCGUCCUACAAGCGGGAUGCAUGCUCGGAGUCACAGCGUACCUGUGGUCCCAGACCUGGACGGCAAGCGGCAGAAUGUAGUUGCAAACAAAUUCGGCACCUGGGGCGUGGGAAGUAAAGCCGUCACUGAGGACUGGAACGAAGACUUCGAUUUCGAUGAAUCACCCCUGCCGGUUCAUGUCAGGGACGAGGUGGACGGGAGGCGUAUUGACAGCGGUCAUGACAUGUUCGUCCCCAAGUCCAUCAGGGAGCAGCAGGAGAAUGUGGUUGCAAACAUUGGUCUUUUGAGGGAAUGGGGCUUGCUGAUCGAGGAGCUCAAAGAACUCAGGAUAAGAGCAGUGGCCCUGGGGAUGAUGAACGGACAGCAAGCCAAAAUCUGGCGCGAGGUUGAUGCAAUGAUUGAACUGGCGGAUCAAGAGACGGAAGAGCACACGUUGGAGCCGCGACGCUCGCCUCCCUCAUCGCCCGGAUUCGACUACAGCGCCUUCGAAGACACUCCGGUGCUCAAUAAGACUAAGAACAGACGGUCUCAGUCAUCUUCUGUUAAGACUCCGGAGAUGGAGAAAUUCCCCAACCUUGCCGCUUCUCCCCAGCAUAGUUGGGCGGAAACUCCACAAGCAACACCCAUAACGUCGCGCCCACGAAAAGAUUCCGAGCUUGUGGCUCAGAGUGUGAUUGCUGCGCUGCAAUGCAAACGCAAGUCAUCUGAUCCGACGAGUCCUGAAGCCACAAGCGGUCGAAAGGUGCCAUUCGACACGGCUACGCUCCGGCACAUUGUGCCGUAUGUGAACGGGCUCAAGCGGAAGGUCAAAGACGCCCUUCGCGAGACCGAGGGCCUUUAUUCAAGCCCUCACAGGCGGACAACACCUCCCUCUCCCUGGCAGCGAGAAGAGACGAGCGGAGAGCCACGACUCCGCCACAUGUUCAAGGAAUCUUCCGGCGACCAUCUCACCAGUUGGUUCCAGUCUCGGCGUGAGCGAGCGGCAACCGAUAAUGACGACAACGAGGUGGCAGGUGAGAAGAGAGGGCACAUGUUGCAUCGAGUGCAACGACUGAGCUUUCCAUCAUGA